AUGGGCCCUCUACGACUCCGCAUUGAUGGUCGGACUUUCAAAGACUCGCACAAUAGAGAGAUUACAUUAAGAGGAAUAAACGUUGCUGGUGAAUGCAAAUACCCUAAGAACCCUGAUACACCGUCCUACAUCUCCGAUAAUUUCUUCGACGCCGAUAACGUUUCCUUCGUCGGUCGCCCUUUCUCCCUUGACGACGCUCAUACACACUUUGCCAGGUUACGCAAAUGGGGUUACAAUACCUUGCGAUACAUCUUCACAUGGGAAGCGAUUGAACAUGAAGGGCCCGGAAAGUACGAUGAUGAAUGGAUAGCAUUCACUAUUGAGGUCCUGCGUAUCGCCAGGCAGUACCAAUUCUAUGUGUUCCUAGAUCCUCAUCAGGAUGUGUGGUCUAGACUAUCAGGAGGCUCCGGUGCGCCAGCCUGGACACUUUACGCGGCAGGCUUGAACCCGCGGACGUUCAAGAAGACCGAAGCUGCCCUUGUUCAAAAUACGUAUGAUGUCCCGGCUGAAUUCCCUAAAAUGAUCUGGAGUACGAACUACACCCGUCUUGUCUGUCAGACAAUGUUUACUCUGUUUUGGGGAGGUCGGGACUUUGCUCCGAAAGCGAUAAUCAACGGCAUGAACAUACAGGACUAUCUGCAAGGCCACUUCAUUGCAGCGUGUCGAUAUUUCGCCGAGAAGAUUCAUGAGGCUGGCGACAUCGAGAAUGACGUCGUUAUCGGGUGGGAGAGCAUGAAUGAGCCCCAUCGCGGACUCAUUGGAGUACAGGACAUAUCCGUGAUCCCACCGGAGCAACAACUUCAGCUCGGCACAUCGCCCACUGCUUUCCAAGCCAUGCUUACUGGCUCGGGACGGGCAUGCGAGCAAACAACCUGGAAUUUUGGCAGCUUCGGCCCUCACCAGACUGGCAGAGAACUUGUAGACCCUGAGGGUGAAUCUGCAUGGCUGCCAGCUGAUUAUGACGACCACAAAUACGGCUGGAAGCGCGAUCCCGAUUGGAAAUUAGGCGAGUGUCUUUGGGCCCAGCAUGGAGUUUGGGAUCCGUCGACGGACCAACUUCUCCAGAAGGAUUACUUUUCCAAAGUGCCGCAGACCGGAGAACCCCUGAAUUAUGAUAGGUUUACCAAUACGUAUUUUAUGGAACACUAUCGGGCUUACAGGGAUGCUCUCCGAAGUGUCUGGCCGGGGGCCAUCAUGCUGUGCCAACCGCCGGUCAUGGAAAUACCCCCGGACUUGAAGGGAACAGCCGAUGAUGAUCCUAACAUGAUCCAUGCGGUACAUUAUUACGAUGGACUUACACUCUUGACGAAACAUUGGAAUCGGCUAUACAAUGUGGAUGUAAUCGGUGUUCUUCGAGGAAAGUAUCUGACUCCGGCAUUUGCCGUCAAGAUCGGGGAGACAGCCAUUCGGAAUUGCUUGCGCGACCAACUCAAAUUUCUCCGUGAUGAAAGUCUCAAGUACAUGGGGGACCAUCCGUUGGUUUUCACGGAGAUUGGUAUUCCCUAUGACAUGGACGACAAACAUGCUUAUAAAACCGGCGAUUAUAGCAGCCAAGUUAGUGCGAUGGAUGCGAACCACUUUGCCCUAGAAGGAAGCACGGGCAAUGGCUUCACGCUGUGGCUCUACACCACCACGAAUAACCACGAGUGGGGCGACAACUGGAACGGCGAAGAUCUGUCAAUCUACUCCCUCGAUGAUCUGGAGCUGCCAAGUGGCAAGCUUCUGGCACUGGAGGGUGAAUCCCGAACGGACCCCGACCCUCGUUCACCCGCCUACUCGGAGAGUCAAGGCAACCCUGAGCAUCAUCAGGUUGGACCCGGUAAUCUGAAGGAUGCACUGGCCACACCGUCCAUCACGUCGGAAUACACCCAGUCCAACGCAGACAAACUGGGAUUCCGAGCUGGAGAGGCAUUCAUCCGACCCAGCCCAAUCUACACCUAUGGAGAUGUCUCGAAGUAUGUUUUUGACCUUCGUAACUGCACAUUCACCCUAUCGCUGGUCGGCAGCAAGCGGAUCCUGGGAGAUGAGGUGGCAACGGAGAUAUACUUGCCGGAGUUUCACUUUCCCGAUACACAAACCGUGGUUUCGGUCAGCAGUGGAGAAUGGAGCAUCGACUACACGGAGAUCAACUCGAUCAAGGUGCAACGACUCCGCUGGUGGCAUAUGGAAGGGGAGCAGGAUAUCAAGAUUCAAGGUGUAAAGCGGAAACCCGGCGACCUGAGCAGUAUAUCGGCAGAUGAUCUGAGCUAUCUUGAGCAGUGCCAGAAGGGGGGUUGCACGGUGAUGUAG